AAAGUAUACAUUUUACAAGAAUAACUAAAAGGUGUUUCGAUGCGUAUCAAUCAUAUCUAUAAAAUGAGAAUUCUCUCGUAAUUCUAGGACCAAAAAUAAGGGCGUAAAGUGUUUUCAGGUAAAAAAUUGUUCUUAUGAGGUACUCAAGGUUGUUCCACUACAGUACGCUUUUUAAUCUUAAAGUACAAGCUUAUGGCUAUGUAAAUGUUGAGUUUAAUCCCAUUUCAUCUUCACAUUGAAUCAACUCUUUCCAAUAUAGCUAUGUUACUUAUGGUUAUAUCAACAUUGAAGUUUAUGUGAUAUAGACAGCUGAUUCUAAAUUGUAUAGUCACUAUAACUAAAACAUAGUCCAACAUUUUACCCUUGUUUCAGCUACACCUUGGGGGAAAAUGCCAGUUUUGGAGAUAAACGGAGAGACGGUUACACAGACCGCUGCCAUCUGCCGCUACCUGGCGAGGGAGGCAGGAUUGUGUGGCAAGGACAACUGGGAGGACCUCAGGAUUGACCAGAUAGUUGAUGUCAAUACUGAUUUUGUCAGAGAAUUUACAAAAUAUUACUAUGAGUUCGACGAAAAGAAGAAAGAAUCAUUGAAACGACCUCUUUUUAAUACAAUUGCACCAUUUUAUAUGAAGAAGUUUGACGCUCUUAUCAAGGAAAACGAAGGAUAUCUAGCAAACAAAGAGAUGUCAUGGGCUGAUCUGUACUUCACUGCUCUGAGCGAUGGCAUCAGCCACAUGAAUGGUUCUGAGAUAACUGAUGGCUAUUCAAAUGUCAAACGGCUGCAAGAAACAGUCAACUCGCUUCCACAGAUCAAGGCUUGGCUUGCCAAAAGACCUGCAGAUGACUUCAGUUUCGAAGACGUUUUGUUUGCUGCUGCAAACAAGAAAUGAAUUCAGAACGUUUCACGCGCAUUUUUUGUAGUAAUUUAUUUUUUGUUAUUGGCAUCCCUUUAUAAUAAAUCUUUACACUAUACUGUUA